AUGGCGCGAACCACAAUAUUUUCCAAUGACGAUGAAGAUGAUGAUACCUCACUGUUCGAUGCUGAGACCUCUCGGCAACCCCGAAGAGACCCUUCAGCUAGAUCCCCCAAUGCCUCGUUCGCGUCGGACAAGGAAAAUCGACCCUCUGUAGCUGCGAAGGGGAAAGCUAGAGCCAUGGGCCCACCCUCAACAUUAGCAGCGGAGAGAGAAACACCACGUCCAAACUUGAAAAGAAAGCUGGCCGAUCGCAGUGGGCCUCAAAAUGCAACGCAAACGUUGCACCGUCAAAAGCUGGACGAAGCAGGUGACAGCGACUAUUACGAUCCAGAACAGAGCAUGGAACAGCGUCGAGCUCUACGAAAGGACUACAGAGAUCUAUCUCGCGAGCUAACAGACUCGCGCUCUGAGUAUUUGGCUCCGGGCUCCAAUGGUCUCAUUCAAACGCUCAACCGCUCGAACGAGCUGUUUCACUCUGUCAAGCAAACUUCAGACGCAACACUCGAUUCUAGGCUACUUGUUUCCACCGCAGAUCUGUCCAUGAAAAGGACGACACAGCUCAAUCUUGGGGAUAACACGACAGGUAUUGAUAUUGACGAUUUCGUAAGUAAAUGCAUUACCUUCAUGCGGCGAGGGCCGGCUCUGGGCGACUCUGCACAAUCUCAACGGCGCAGACGCAUGCGAGAUGACAGCGACGAAGACGACAACGCAGGCUAUGACGAAGGUGACGCCUUCAAUUGGGAACAUUUAGGUCGUCAAGCUUGCUACCCGCACAACGUACGCCCACCAGCUCCAGGCUUCCUACUUGGUCCACUUUCCGUCCAAAGGCGAGUUCGGAAGGCAACACAGCGCACCGCAAGGUCGCAAAAACUAGAUCCACGAAACGCGACGCGGCCAGAAGAAAUACAAACCAAGGAUCUCGAGCAGAAUGAAAGCUCAAACCUGAAAUCAAUCUGCGAUAAUAUUCGUAACAUCCUCUGGAAGAACAGCGAGGAGCGCGUAAAGCUAGCAGAGGACGAGAUUGAUCAAGACACAAUGUCAGACGACGAACAGAGUUCGAUAUUGCAGAAACACGGCCUGGGUAACGACGGAGGCAUAUUACUCUUCAAUUUCGUCGUGAAUCCCAAAUCUUUCGGACAGACUAUUGAAAACCUCUUCUACGUGAGUUUCUUGAUUAAAGAUGGAGGAGUUGGUUUGGGGCACGAUGGAGACAUGAUGCCUACACUUCACUUAGCUCAUCCUCGGAACCCCAAGGACCAACGUGAGCAAGGUGUUCAGAAGCAUCAGGCGGUUUUCCAUCUAGACUUUGAGACCUGGGAAGAUAUAGUCGAGGCUUUUAAGAUCCGGAAAAGCAUCAUCCCCCACAGACAGCCCGACCCGCACGUACAGAUUGGAGCUACUGGGUGGUAUACCUAG